CGAUGAACUCCCUCACCGCCGACAACGCCUGCGAUCCGAAUCAUACCCCAGCAUCUCGCAAUCCAUUCUCCUUAUAAUUUCCUUACCAUAGAAGCUUUAAUGAUGAAGAAUCCGUUACUGCCACUCCGCUCCCUACACCCUACUAUCAAAGUCCCCCGACGGAGAUACGCUGCGCUCAGCUCCGGGGUGCUAGGGAAGUUGAAUGUCCCGACAGAUUACUCCGCUUCAUCAUACCUUGCCCACACCUCCUCUCAAACCUACAGGCUCCACACCGACCUCCCAGAGCAGAUCCGAUCCAGCAAAACCAAGCGCACAAACUACUUCACAGCUGUGAACGAUGCCCUCCGUACAAUCCUAACAACAGACGACAAGUCCCUGAUCUUCGGUGAGGACGUCUCCUUCGGCGGGGUCUUCCGAUGCACCAGCAAUCUCACAGACUCCUUCGGCAGCUCCCGCAUCUUCAACACCCCACUAUCCGAACAGGGCAUCAUCGGUUUCGCCAUUGGCCUGAGCGCGAGCGGGUACACCGCUCUUCCUGAGAUCCAAUUCGCGGACUACCUAUUCCCUGCGUUCGACCAAUUGCACAAUGAAGCCAGCAAGAUGCGCUAUAGAUCCGGCGGUGCGGAGAUCUUCAACGCUGGACGCAUGGUAGUAAGGAUGCCGACCAGUGCGGUGGGCCACGGUGGGCUGUACCAUUCGCAAAGCCCCGAGGGCUUCUUUUUAGGAAUGCAGGGGAUUACAGUCGUCAUCCCCAGAUCCCCUGUUCAGGCGAAGGGCUUAUUAAUUGCAGCUGCGAGGGGCGAGGACCCGGUUGUUAUCAUGGAGCCAAAGACUCUCUACCGCGCUGCUGUGGAAGAGGUGCCACUAGAGGAAUACGAGUUACCGAUCGGUAAAGCCGAAGUGCUUCAAGCCGGCACCGACGUCACACUGGUGACCUACGGGACAAUGGUAUACGUCGCCGAAUCCGCGGCGAGAGCCGCGAAGGAACGCUUGGGCGUUAGCGUCGAGGUCAUCGACCUCCGGACCGUGAGACCGUGGGAUAAGGAGACCAUUACCAAGAGCGUUAAUAAAACUGGUCGAUGUGUUGUCGUACACGAGGCCAGUCGAACCGGCGGCGUGGGUGAGAGUCUGGCCGGGGAGGUGCAGGAGAGGUGCUUUUUGAGGCUCGAGGCCCCCGUUACCAGGGUUACCGGGUGGGAUACCCCUAUGCCGUUAGCAUUUGAGGGGUUUAUGGUGCCGGAUGUUGUGAGGGUGUUGGAUGGGAUCAAGAGAACCAUGGAAUAUUAG